GAUCAAGUUGUCAUCCCUGUACAUUUGUCGCUUAGACUUUUGCGCCAUUAAUAUUAAAUAAUUUUCAGCUGAUCGCGAAACAAAAGUGCAAACUUGAUCAAAAUGAGCAUUUCUCCUGACGGUGGUGCUUCUAAUAACGAGGAUAGUGACUCCUUUCAUUCGUUCAACGACAGUGAGUUCUCAUUCCACGAGAAAGGCCUAAGCGCUUCCUGGAAGUCUUCGCUUUCCAGCGAUUGCGACAGUGCCACGGGCUUCGAGUCGGAGCAUGAGACUUCGGGAUCAUUGGAGAAUGAGUAUUCGAUCGAGCCACAGCCGCAGGCCCCCAAAGAGACGCCCCCGAAGGCCUUGUUCGCCAUCCCGGACCCGAAAUCUAGUGAUCAAAAGAGCGAGUGUUCCAGCGAUUCGUCCGCUUGCGAUGGUGUGUCCACCCACAACGGCACUCAGCAGCAGAUGGGGCGCUUCAAGACUUUUAAGAAGUUUGUGGUCUCACCGCUAAAUUCCACCAAGGAGCCGUUGCCCAUUUGCCCUAGGAAUGUGCCGGAACUCACUUCGAAACAGGUGCCCAACGAAGAGCUCUUCGACUUGGACUUGCCGGAACAGCAUCUCAAGGAUUAUUUGACCUCUGAUUCGAAGACGGAGGUCAAGCUUAAGCAUGCCUUUACCGAGAUCUGGGUUGGUUCGCAACAAAAGUCCGAUCAGCAGAAUCGUUCGCCUUUACGUGAGUUUUCGGUGGCCCUGGAUGCCUAUUUUAAACAAGAUUUGACCGAAAUGAAUUCUAAAAAGCACGAAGCUAAUGUCCAGCCUAUGAUGAAACCAGCUAAAACCAUUACGGCUCCUGUCACAAGUGUGAAGCCCGCUGAGGAGUAUGUGUCGCCCUUCAAGAACAUGCCAGUUUUUCCAGCAGCACCAAAGGAUACUUCAUUGUUGGACGGAGCCAAGAAGCCGAUAAUAGUGCCUGGUGGCUAUGAUUUGACUCGCCUGGUGGAGUAUAAGAAUCCCAACCACUGGGCACGUCGCCAACACGUACGCACAGGCGACAGUAUUUACUAGAACAUUUAUCAUUUUCGGACUACCUAAUUCCACCUGUUGCCACUAUAAGGAUUAUCACUACCAGCGACGGAAGAUCUAUGAACUCUGUAAGCUGGACUUGCAAUAAAGGACUCCUAGCAUUUAAAGAGAGCGCCAA